GUACAUCCUGAGAGGAAGAACAGUUUUUCAGAAUAUGAGAUUCACAACACGAAGCUCAUCGGGUUUAAAGGAAGAAAACCCUCCUUUCCUGUGGACUUGUUGAGCACUGCAUUGGCUUUCUCCUAGACUCCUCCAUUAAACCUAUGGCGCUGUUAAAGCUGUUCCUCGAGGUUCUUCUGCUCCUUCAGUUUGAACUGCAGCUGUUGGAUGGAGCUGAACCUCAGAACCUGAACUGUCCUGCAUACGGUGGAGUUCCUGGCACUCCUGGACACAACGGACUUCCUGGGAGAGAUGGAAGAGAUGGUAAAGAUGGAGCGAUCGGACCCAAGGGAGAGAAGGGAGAGUCAGGACUGAGUGUUCAGGGACCACCAGGUAAAGCGGGACCUCCUGGGCCAGCUGGAGAAAAAGGGGAAAGGGGACCUUCAGGCUCUCCUGGACGUGAAAGCAUAUCUGACUCUCUAAGAGCUGAGAUUCAGCAACUUAAUUCCAAGAUUGCCACGAUUGAUAAGGUUCUGAGUUUUAAUACAUUCAGAAAAGUGGGACAGAAGUACUACAUCACUGAUGGUGUUGAGGCAAAUUUUGAUAAAGGGAUGCAGUACUGUGAGGAUGCUGGUGGAACAAUAGUUUUGCCAAGAACUGCUUCUGAAAAUCAGGCAUUAUUGAAGGUAGUAAUAUCCAGUGGCUUAAGUGGUAAGAAGCCAUUUAUUAGAGCUACAGACAGAGAAACAGAGGGACAGUUUGUGGACACUGAGGGGAAGCUAUUGACUUUUACCAACUGGUUUCCCAGUCAGCCUGAUGACUAUAAGGGAGUACAAGAUUGUGGAAGUAUAAUGGACUCUGGCCUUUGGGAUGAUGUUGGUUGUAAUAGUGUAUAUCCCAUCAUAUGUGAAAUUGAAAUCAGAUAGUAUUUUUACAAUAUUAAGAUGUGUAAAUAUCUGCAAUAAUAAUAUGAUAUUAACAGUGCAUACAGAAUAGACAGUCUAAAUCAGACUGUCAAAUAUAUCUCUGUAUAAAACAUAUCCUUUAUAUGCAUAAAAUAUACAGAAUUAAUUGUUUUUAAAUAAAUGUUUUGUUUUAAA